GCCGGCUGCGCCUGCGCGAUUGACGUUGCUGGGCACUGGCGAACCGGCGGGGGCUGCGGGGCUGGGUCACUGUGGCCGCCCAGCGUCUCUAGCUCUGGUGUGCGCCGGGGAAGCGGGCCCCUGGCAGACGUCUCUUUGGGAUGGAGCACAUCCGUACAACCAAGGUUGAGCAAGUAAAAUUACUUGAUCGAUUCAGUACCAACAACAAAUCGUUAACAGGGACACUGUAUCUUACGGCUACGCAUCUAUUAUUUAUUGACUCUCAUCAGAAAGAAACCUGGAUACUGCACCACCAUAUUGCCUCAGUAGAGAAAUUGCCUUUGACGACUUCUGGAUGCCCACUUGUGAUUCAGUGCAAAAAUUUCAGGAUUGUGCAUUUUGUUGUUCCCAGAGAAAGAGAUUGCCAUGAUAUUUAUAACUCUUUGCUACAACUGUCAAAACAAGCAAAAUAUGAAGAUCUCUAUGCAUUCUCUUAUAAUCCCAAACAAAAUGAUUCAGAACGUUUACAAGGUUGGCAGCUCAUUGACCUUGUUGAGGAAUAUAAGAGGAUGGGAGUGCCAAAUGCAAAUUGGCAGUUGUCUGAUGCAAACCGCGAAUACAAGAUUUGUGAAACUUACCCCAGAGAACUUUAUGUUCCCCAAAUAGCAAGCAAACCAAUAAUUGUUGGUAGUUCCAAGUUCCGGAGCAAGGGAAGAUUCCCAGUUCUUUCCUACUAUCAUCAAGAUAAAGAGGCUGCCAUUUGUCGAUGUAGUCAGCCACUGUCAGGAUUCAGUGCCAGGUGCCUGGAAGAUGAACAUUUGCUUCAAGCCAUUAGUAAAGCCAACCCAGUCAAUCGCUAUAUGUAUGUUGUAGACACCAGGCCCAAACAUCGCAUGCAGAGCUGGUGGGCUACACAAAAGGACAUUGGCAGAAUUAUAGUGAGGAUUUCUUCAAAAGUCUGGAAUGAUGAGCAAAUAAGAGAAAGCGAUGAGAAAAAGCGACUGAAUGCAAUGGCUAACAGAGCAGCAGGAAAAGGCUAUGAAAAUGAAGACAACUAUUCUAAUAUUAGAUUUCAAUUUGUUGGAAUUGAAAAUAUUCAUGUUAUGAGAUCCAGCCUACAGAAAUUACUGGAAGUCAAUGGUACCAAGGGACUUUCUGUCAAUGAUUUCUACUCUGGUUUGGAGGGCUCAGGAUGGCUUCGACAUAUCAAAGCUGUUAUUGAUGCUGCAAUCUUCUUAACAAAGGCAAUAAUGGUUGAAAAUGCAAGUGUAUUGGUACAUUGUUCAGAUGGCUGGGAUAGGACUUCCCAGGUUUGUUCCCUUGGCUCUCUUUUAUUGGAUUCCUAUUACAGGACAAUCAAAGGAUUUAUGGUUUUAAUAGAAAAGGAUUGGAUCUCCUUUGGACAUAAAUUUUCAGAGAGGUGUGGCCACUUGGAUGGUGACCUAAAGGAAGUCUCACCAGUAUUUACUCAGUUCUUGGAAUGUGUGUGGCAUUUGACAGAACAGUUCCCACAAGCCUUUGAAUUCAAUGAAGCAUUUCUUCUUCAGAUCCAUGAACAUAUUCACUCUUGCCAAUUUGGAAACUUCCUUGGAAAUUGUCAGAAGGAGAGAGAAGAGCUCAAGUUAAAGGAGAAGACUUACUCCCUGUGGCCGUUUCUUUUAGAAGACCAAAAGAAGUACUUAAAUCCUCUCUACAGCUCCAAAUCUCAGAAAUUUGCAGUUUUGGAGCCAAAUACAGUAUCUUUCAACUUUAGGUUUUGGAGAAACAUGUACCAUCAGUUUGAUCAAACAUUACAUCCCAGGCAGUCUGUAUUUAAUAUAAUGAUGAACAUGAAUGAUCAAAAUGAACAAUUAGAGAAAGAUAUUAAAGACCUAGAAUCUAAAAUUAACCAACAUAAAAAAGAACAAACAGAUGGAAUUAUUACCAAGGAGUUGUUACGUUCAGUUCAUUCUGAAUCAUCUAUUCUCAAAACUUCCCUGUGUUUUAAGGAGCAGACUCUGCUACCUGAGAAUGAUUCUCUUCAAACUGUAGAGGGCAGCAGCCCAGCGGAUAAUCGUUACAGUGAAUAUGCCGAAGAGUUUUCCAAAUCAGAGCCUGCUGUGGUCAGCUUAGAGUAUGGUGUGGCAAGAAUGACGUGUUAGACUCAUAAAGUAUUUUCUAGACUGGAUGUAGUGUACAAGAAAUGGAUUAUUCUGAGAAUGAUUUAUGUUCAUAACCAAAAGGAGUUUGUCUAAUGAUGAUCUUGGAGUUUUAACAGUUGGUUAAUAAUUGAAGCAAGGAUAACAACUGCUCUUGGAAAAAUAAGUCAGUUUAGUUGCAUUUCUAGCAAGGAAUGAUAUUGAUGAGUUUACUCAAAACACAAAUUUGCACUGUAUAACAGCGGCUGGACAUUUUCAUGUGACUUAUAUUUAAUUAUAGCCAAAUAUAAAUAUAUUAUAAUUUAACUGCCAGAAAAUAAACUUGAUAAAAUGAUCCCUUACUAAUAAUCGGCAUGGCAUGUACUUUCUAUUAUGUACCUAUUCUGCCAUUAGUGAUGUUGUACAUUGAAGUGCCAUGAAAAAUGAUCCUGAGAAAACCUUAAACUCUGUUUAUUCUUUUAUGUGUCAUAGGCUGAUGCUUUUGUUUUUCUUCUUCUUUUGGUCAGCCUUGUCUUGUUUAUAAAGAAUCACCUUCUUGUUACUGCACAAGUUGCAUGCUACAAUAUUCCUAUCUAUAGAAGUAGUUGCAGAAGUAUACUCACUGUUAAGUUCAAGUUUAGGUGGUUGUUUCCUUAUUUAAAACUAAUGAAAUUCAAGGUUUUAUUCUGAUGACAGUUUGUUUGGUACUCCACUGAUGACUUAUUAACUACUUAGAUUACUGAUUUAUUGAAUAUAAAAAGUACAUUUGACUGUCUUUUAUGUAUUAAUUACUAAGCAUUCCACUGAUUCUUGA